CCGAAAUCAGAGAAAAAUCCGAAGUGCAACAGUGGAGAUAUUGCCCAAGUAAAGAGAAUCCGAGUGAUGACGCCUCUCGUGGACUGAAACCAUCUGAAAUGACAUCCGAGUGUCGGUGGUUGGUUGGUCCGUCAUUUUUAAAAGGUCCUGAAUCGAGUUGGCCACAGACAAAUCUGCGGAAAGAUAUAGAAAAGGAAGAUCCUGAAAUUCUAAUCCAAUCCAAUGUAGUGGUUGAAGUAAAAAGACCAGCUAUAUACGAACUAUUAGAAAGAUAUUCAUCAUGGAACGUGCUCAAGGCAAAGAUCGUCUGGCUAACCAGAUUUGCGUUUCUCUUGAGUCAUCGCCUUCAUCGCUCUCACAUAUGUCCUCUCGGAAAACCCACCAUUCCUGAGUUAGAAAAUGCAGAGAACGACAUCAUGAGAAUGAUCCAGCAGCAAGUGUUUUCAGAAGAAUACAACGCCCUCAGCAAAUCGGGGAAAGUAAAGAUAUCAAGCAGCAUCGCGAAGCUCAAUCCUUUUAUUGGUGAGAACAAUAUUAUUCGAGUGGGAAGCAGAUUAGAGUACGCUCAUAUAAGCUACAAUGCGAAGUUUCCACCAAUCCUACCAAAACAACAUUGGGUAUCAGAGCUGUUAGCAAGACACGUCCAUUGUAGUAAUGCCCAUAUUGGUCAAGAGCAUACCUUGAAUAUAUUACGCCAAAGAGUUUGGAUCUGUAAUGCUCGUUCCCUGGUUCGGAAGAUUAUCAACAAAUGUAGUCUGUAG